UGCUGUCCUCUCGUCCAUCUGCCUUGAUGAUAAACACACAGCUAGUCCACAUUAGCCUGAUGCGCAUCAAACCCUUCACCGCUUUAUUUUUCUUUAUUUACCUCACAAACUACCAAUUUUAACACUUUUUCACAGGAGAUCAGAGAAAGGACUAGCACAUGGACUAUAUAAUCAGCUGUUUUUUCAUCAGUAUGACAGGUGGACAAUGAUGGUAACAAAUAAGUGAGCUUCAGGCAGCAUUUCCCUAUGAUGACAAGAUUUCUGCUGCUGUGAAGUAAAUUAUUUGGAUGUCUGGUCACUGUCAGAGCGCAUGGGGAGCGCACUCUGUGGGACUGUUUGUAUGUGAGUGACACUAUCCAGCCGGUCACAGCCCUGCACAGUAACCUCAGACAUAGUUCCAGUCCUGGAGGAGGAUGCCUUCCCUCCACCACGGAACAAUCUUCAUCGGAGCCUUCCUCAUUGUGACCGGGGGCUCCACAGCCUUCCUGGCCUCACACCAGAGUCGCCUGCAGGCUUUCUCCCUCUGCUGUGUGGUGCUUGGGGUGCUCAUGCUCAUCCUGGGGCUUUUCUGGGCUAUGAACAGCAAAAAUGCCGUGAACUACAACCACCGGCAGUUCGACCCUGAGUGCCCGCAUUAUCCAUACGAUUACCCCAACUUUGGUAACCAUGCCCCCUUCACACCCCCAGGUAGCCGCUUCCCAGAGUCCCAGUCAGCGUUUCUGCACAGGACAAUGGAGCGCCACAGGCACGGUGCUCGUGGCGAAGAUUUCGACUAUCCUCCAAUGGACCCCGGAGGUUUUAGUCCACCGCCUCACCCUCCUUCCUGGCUGGGACCCCCGCCUCCCUAUGAGGUUGCCAUCAAGACCACAUGCAGCUCUACACACCUGCGGCGUGCAUACUCAGACACACACCUGGCUACAGAGCCCCUGUUUGGACAGUCGAGAGAGAUCAGCUUUGAGGUGUGA